AUGGCUGUGCCGAGCGUGGUUCUGGUGACCUACACCAACGAGGCAACGCAUACCAUGGGCUACCUGCUCGCCAGCGCCACGGCGAACGGCUGGGCGCCAGUGGUCUUGGGCUUCGGAGAAAAGGCUUGGUGGCCAGAAGGCCUCGGGAGGAAGAUCAAUGCCUUGAGGCGAUAUGUUUUGCAGUCCACGCUGCAGCCUAACGACAUUGUGGUCUUCGCGGACGCUUAUGAUGUUCUGAUCAUGAGGACGCAGGCGGAGAUAAGAGAGACUUUUGAAAGGAUGGAGAAGACGUUGAACCGCAGCCUGAUCUUCAACGGCGAUCGCGAUUGCUUUCCCCGAAUGGAAGACAUCUGCACCGAUCCCCCUCCUGCAGACAUCUGGCAACAUCCGCGUGAGUAUUUGAACUCUGGGGCCUUCAUUGGAAGGGCAUCGGCCCUGAGGCAUCUGCUAAGAGAUCCGGUGACGGAUAUCAUGCCUGGUAGUGACCAAGCUUUUUACCAUCGACAGAGACGAGACAACCCCGAGGCAAUUGCUGUCGACACGAACUGCGAGCUUCUUUGCACAGUCGCUCGCGAUUUAGCCUCCGAAGGAGUACGCCAGCUGUCCAAUGGCACGCUGGUCCUCACAUCUGGGGCCGAGCCGGGCAUCAUCCAUUUCCCGGGCGGGGGACACUGGCCCCGGUGGAAGGAAGGCCGUCCGAGCAGCGUGGUCCAGGAAGUCUUCAGGAUAAGAUACCCGAAAGAGUUCGAGGUACUUUUUGAUCGUGUGGAGAUCUCUGUUGAUUUGCGUGGCGCGCACGGCCAUCGUGGCAGACUUGAUCAGCAGAGAUCCUUGCAAGUGGUCCGCAGCGUCAUGUGCUUUAAGUGCAAGAUCUGGCAAUCGGAGAACGCUGAGUGCCAAUAUGUCACCUGGGACAAUGAGAUGUGCCAAGAAGUGCGCUUCU